UUGUGGGUGUCCAUAUCAGUGGUGAAAACUGUCUAGUUAAAAUGUAUUGCUACCAAAAUUAAUUAAUAGUCUUUACUAGAUCAAACAUAAAGGCUUGUGGUCGUCAAGGGGAACGAACAAUCGACCAAUCCAUAUUGGAUAUAAAAACCGGUUCCUAUUUGCAAUCUGCAUCUGAAAACGACAAUUCUCCUUUGCCAUGAUAACUCAUGCGAAUUUUUCAUGGGGAGUAGUCGACUAUCGGCGUGACGAUGGCUACGCUAUUUAGGGCCGCGGAGACCGAAUGAAACGAGCGCUUUCAUGAAGAGAUUGGGUGUUGGAGACUUCAUCAGAACAUGCCAUGCAAGACAGCAUAUCAACGAUUCACCAUAACAUGACAUGGAUAAACAUCCGUGGUUCAUAAUUCAUCAACCAAACGCGCACCUGUCCUUGAAUAAUCGUGGAGUGUUGCUAUCGGUCUGAGCAAUGGCCGCUCCAAGAAGAAUUCAUCUCACGGCACUCUCAAGCAAUGCACACUUUCCUCUUCCCCCCGUCACAAAUGCCAGUGACCAAGCUGUCAACCCAGGUUUACCUGCGCCGAGGCCAGCGGUUGGAUCGCCCCCAUCCGCGCAUCCUCCAACAAGAGUGGAAUUAAAACUCUUCGAGUCGGACGAACAACGCUGCCCAGAGUUUAGCUACCCAGAUUUAAUCAGCGCAAAAGAUGAAGCUGGCAAAAGAAAAAAAGACAGAUUACAGGACCUGGUGGAUAUGGGCUUUGGUUAUGAUGGCUCUGAUUCAUUUAUUGACAACUCUGAGGCUUAUGAUGAGCUCGUCCCAGCUUGUCUCACCACCAGAUAUGGAGGCUUCUACAUCAACUCUGGAACUCUGCAGUUCCGGCCAGCCUCUGAUGAGGGAGAGAAGAACGAGAAUGAUUUUGAGGACAGUGGGUUUAAACCUAAGAAACGAAAGCUUAAGCAAGGAAAAGAGAAGAAAAUUAGGAAGAAAAAGAGAGAGGAAGACAUGCUUGCUAAGAAGGGAGAGGAAGAAUCCAGGAAGAGCACCCCACCAGACAAAUCAUCUGCAAAGAAGAAAAACAAGAGUUCACUAAGUAUCAAUAAGAUGCUGAAGAAGUUCCAUAAGGACAAGUUUCAGCAGCUGCAGAUGUUCAACGCUACAGAGAGAGCUUUGCACGCUCUCAGUGAUACUCGUCUCAUUAUACAAGCAGAGGUUCAAGAACCGCCCAUAUCAGCCGACCCUCUUCUCACACUCAUUGGUUCUGCCAGUGCAGACGACCUCCUUCAAGCAGUCAAAGCAUCAGAGCAAGACUUUGACUUCGAUGGACUCUUGGGCGAGCCACAGAACGUCUGCUCUCCAAGCUUCGAAGAUAACAGAGAUGCUCUGGUAGUGUCCGUCGAUGAAAAACCCCACACAUUACUUCCCGAUGGCCUUCCACCUACACUAGAGCUACACAUUAAAGAACUUUCACAGGCCGUCAGGAAAAUUGAAGGACAAAACAAGAUGGAGAUUUUGUCUUCAGAAUUCAACAGUGUUCUACUAGAUGUGGAGGUGAACUCUAAACUACUAAGUGGAAAAGUAAGAUCCAGAAUCUUCUCAUACUUGGCGUCACAGAUGUCUUGUAGCAAAGGCACUCUGGUCAAAAGAGCCAAAAGACUCCAAAGUCUCCAACAGGAUGACCAGCUACGGGAGCUGCUGAAGAAGUUGGAGGAUGCGCUUGGCAGAUCCAUGCCAGAACAGAUCACCCGUUUCCAGAAUCACUGCCAAGCUCACUUUGAAGCCAGAGCUGCCAAACUCGAGGCUGAGAAAGAGAGGGUAAUUGAUGGAUCUGAUGAGGAAGAAGAGGAGAGGAGUGGAAAACGAGUGUUUGGGCCUCGCAAGAGGUUCAGAUGGAAUGAAGAGAUCAGGGAGUUGCUCUUUGAGAUUGUGAAUUUGAAGAUGAUUAUUUAUGACUCGGAGUCGCCAGCAUGCUCUAGUUUGGAAGAGUAUCUGAAAGGAUUCCUAGAGGCUGAUGUUAAACCACUUUGGCCUAAAGGAUGGAUGCAAUCUAGGAUUCUGCUUAUAGAAACCCGAAAAGCACAUGGCCAUAUCACCGGUGUUGUGGCAAGGAAGAAGCCAAUGGGUACAACUAAACUAAAAAAGUUCAGCACCACCCCUAAGGACAGUAACAAUAACCCAGAAACUCAGGGCCCUCCAGGACUGAAACGCAAGCGUCUGAGUGUACCUGCGAGCAUGCAACCUGAAGCCAUGCUGAGCACCACUGCCAAAACGCCAUCAAACACACAAACCUCUGCCAUCUUCUUCACCCACCCAUCUAAUCAGAGCCACAAAGAAGGUAACAGGAUUGAGCACCACCAUUCAAGCACUCCGGUGAAUGCAGAGAGGGCAGGAUCAGUCCAGAUUAUGUGGAACAAGUCUACCAUGGAUUCAGAUUCAAAGCGGCUCCAGGUUGGAGAGAGGGCGGCUCACAAACUGAUGCUGGUGGCGCCACCGUCAGAUGCUGCUCAGGGUGACUGUCCAUCGGUGGUGCAGGGAGUGGCCAGGCUGCUCACAACCACCUCAGCGGGCGACACUCCUGUUUCCAUGGCAGCAGCAGCUGGUGAAAUCUCCCGUGGAAACCCAGCACUUCCCACCCCUUCUCUAUCACUCCUUCCAUCUUCCUACCCCACCACAGUACAGCCGGGUGUCUUACCGAGCUUUGCCCCCUUGCAUGCUCUCCCAUUCCCUGGGCUCAGCCAUGGCACCAAACUUCCUGGACAGCCUCAGGCCUGCAAAGGAGCUGUUUUUCCUGGCCCAACACCUGGGACUUUCCAACAUGGUCUGGCACACGGUAACUCCAUGCUGUGCUCUAGCACAGUUCAUCUUCUGUCUGUCCCUGUUUCUUCUCCUGCUCCUUUUCCUUCUUUAACAUCAUGGCUCUUUGGUUUAGAUGGAAGCCAGAUCCACACAGAUGGUCUAAAUGCUCGGAGAAAACGUCAUUAAUGGCCAUUAGAAUGGAACAAAAGCCAGCUGUUACCUACAGCAAAAUUUGCCACUUUUCCAAAGAUCAUGAAGAUGGAGCUGAUAUGAUCAAACAUGGACAAUUAAAAAACAAUUAGGAAACAUUUUUUUGUAUAUUUUAGAAAUCAAAACUCAAUUGAUCAAUAAUGGGUAUAAGGAUUAUAAUGUAAUUAUUUUUCUACAGUAAUAAGAUGACCAGCCAUGUGACCUGUAAUGCACUUACUUACGGCAGAUACUUGAGUGAAUUUGUCUGUUGUUACCUUUUCAAUUGCCAUUUCUCUCUCUCUCUCAGAGGUGAUCUACAAUCCUAACCUAUUUAUGAAAUAAAAUGAACAACAAUGAAUUCCAGGUAGUGUGGCCCACACUGUGUGGGAUUCCACACUACAGCAUUAUUUUCAAGUACAUGUUUGCAAUGAAAAUAUAAAGUAACUCUGAAUCUGUUGUACUAGUCAAAGGCCGAGAUUGCACAUUGUCUUGUUUUGUUGUUGUUGUUGGACUGGGUAAUUAAAAUGAUGCCAGUGUUAUGAUCUCAGGGCUGUUAAAUACAAUGGCUAUUAUUAGAGUUAUUGAGUAAUGCUCCAAAAUAUAGAAACCAUGAACCGGCUUUUGAUUUUGAACAUACUGAUAAAUGGCUUUGAAAAAAUAUAUAUUUGAACGUAACGUGGAAAAUAAAGUUUCCUUAAGU